AUGGUUUCCUUCCAAUGUGACGGCUGCGCCGAUACCGUCAAGAAGCCCGCUCUUGACAAGCACCGCCAGCGCUGCUGGGCGAGUUUUAGCUGCAUCGACUGCUCCACCACCUUCCACAACCAGGACUACAAGUCGCAUACCUCGUGCAUCUCUGAGGCCGAAAAGUACCAGGGUGCUCUCUACAAGGGUCCCCGCAAGGGCCAGCAGAACCAGUCCACUCCCGCUUCCUCCAACGCCACCCCCGCCGACUCACCUGCCCCCUCCGAGGGCGCUGGUAUUGCCAUUCACCCCUCGCGCAUGAACCAGAUGCAGGCCGGCGAGUCUCAAGCACCAGCGCCAUCUUACGGAGCUGGCCGAGGACGUUUUGCUCAGCGCGGCGGCCGCGGUGGAUUCGGUCGUGGCGGCUUCAACGGCGGUGCUCCCUUCAAUGCUACCCCCCGUUGGUCUGCCACUGGUGAGAACAAGACCGCGCCCGAGACCGGUAUGAGGACAUGGGGCUCGGCACCCACGUCCGACUCCGAGGCUCCUGCUGCUACCAAGGUAGCACCGGUGGGGGCGACCGCCGCUGUGGCGACCGAUGCUAAGAAGAAGCGCAAGGGCGACAAGGGCGGCUGUGGCUCCAAGGCCAACUCCAACAAGGCCAAGCUGGCUUCUGACGCUGCUACCGAGGCCGACGAGCCCCAAGCCAAGAAGAGGAAACGCGACGACGAGGUUGAGGAUGCCCCCACUGCCGCUCCUUCCGACAAGACCCUCAAGCGCUUGAGGAAACACAUGUCAAAGAUUGAGGACAAGGCCUCUGGUGUUCCACUUGCCAAUUGGCUCGAGCAGGUCGCUCAAGGCAAGGAGAAGACGCUCGACAAGUCGGAGGUUCUCCAGGGUAUUCAGGUUAGCUUUGUAGAUGGUCGCUGGCAGCUCAGUGUGUAA